AUAGCGCUGUGAACUCUAGUAAGCUCUGAUUCAGGGCUUAGGUCAUUUGAAGGGCUUAGGCCUGAGCUGAAAGUCUGAAGCUGGGCUGCUGAGUUUACUGCAGAGCUAGACAGUGCAAAACCACAUAUCUGCUAACAGCUAAAGUUAGUAGGAGACUUGCAUGAGGCAGUGAAAGCUGUACUUGGCCUUAAGAUUCCCUCUGGAGUACUUGGUGAAUUGGCUGGUUUUGGUUAUACUCGAUCUCUCUGAUGCCAGCUCUGUGCACAAAACUCUUGACUAGGGACGUGUGACUUGCCAAACUGCCAGGGACUGUGCUCGUGCUUUAAACCUUCCCCAGCUGCAAAGCAGUCACUUCAGUUGUGUGAUUUCAGUGAUACUGGUUAAUUUGAGAGCAGGAGCCUCAAUGGAUUUUGAUUACUGGCUCUGAGUGGAGAACUUCUGUCUUUGUGCAGUGAAGGAGCUGAUGACACGCAGUUCUGGCCAUGCUCCAGUGGCCUUUCCAGUACAAACACAGAUGACUGAAUCAACAGUGAAGCUCUCACCUGCGCUACCUAACAUGGAAUAGCAGCACCUUUUGUUUCUGCAUCCAGAGGCAUCUUCUGAGUCAGAUUUCUGCCCCCUUGCUUGCAUGGUGUCUGCAUGCCUUGACAGCUGCAUUGCUGCGUGUGUGUUUCAUGCGUAGACUGAUUGAGUUUGUUUUCUGCCAGUGGCACAGCUAAAGCGCCUGGCUGGAUGCUGGUGCAGUCUGAAUUUUUUAUCUUCUGUUAGGAGUGAUAGGGGAGGGCUUCAGAUUGCUACAGAGAAGGGGGUCUCUACUAGGCAGGCUGUUUCUGCAGGUAGCGGGGAUGCGGGCUGGCUCUAGCUUCUUCUCUUCUACAACCUGUGCUCCUCCACCCAACUUCUGUGGGGGUUGCUGCGAUGAGGAAGGUCCCAAGCUGUUCUGAGUGCAUUUUUUUUAGCUAGUAUUGGCCAUGGUGUUAGAUGCAGCCCACUCUGGGGAGAAGGCGGCCCUUAGGGAAGAGGUGGGAACCAGUCCCCCAUGCCGAGGCUGUGCAUGAGAAAAGACACUUCUUGAAACCUUUGUGGGAAAGUAACAGUAUGAGGGAGGGACUACUGGUUGACUUUGUUCAUCUUGUCCCUAAUCAGACCACUCAACCCACAACCUGUGUUUUCACAGAGCUUGCUGGAGUCAUGUCUCAUUUGCACACAGCAAGCAGAAAGGACACCAUCUCCAGCUUGCUGAAAACCCAGCUCUGCCAACUUGCAGGAGCUGAGAGGGGGGCCUGGGAGACCUGAGGGUAGUGGGAGCUCUCCCUCCCCUAGGUAGAGCUCAGGGGCUCUCAGCAGAAGCCUUGCUGGAGAUGUGCCCAUGAGAAACCAGCAAAGCCGGGAUCAGAUUGCAGCAGGCUCCUCCUCCAGACAACAGAGAGGGAAGGAGAGGCGGGGAGCCAGGAGCCAGCAACUUCACACUGCCUACCUGCACCUUGCCAGCUGGGUAGAGGGACCGUGGUGGGGGUGAGCAUCUUUGAAACCUACAUCCCAUGGGGUGUGCUGAGUCCCCCAGUACUCUCUGCUACUCAGGGCACAUCUCCCCACCACCACCACCACCUGCUUCCAGCCUGGCAUGGAAAGCCUGAGCAACAGCCUGAAGAAGAAAGCAACAGAGAGGCACCACAGGGCAGAAGUGAUGAUCGCUGGAGAGCAACUGAGGCUUCGCCUCCAUGACGGGAAGCUCAUUAAGGACAGACGUUACCACCUCCGAACAUACCCAAACUGCUUCGUGGCAAAGGAGCUCACAGACUGGCUGAUUGACCACAAAGAAGCACCUGACCGAGAGACUGGUAUCCGCCUAAUGCAGAAGCUAAUGGACCAUUACAUCAUCCAUCAUGUUUGUGAUGAGCAUUCAGACUACAAGGAUGCCAAGCUGUUGUACCGUUUCCGCAAGGAUGAUGGGACCUUCCCUCUCAGUAAGGACGUGAAGGUGUUCAUGAGAGGACAGAGUCUUUAUGAGAAGCUGAUCAGCAUUGAAGAUUCAAUUCUGAAGGUGAGAGAGGAGAACUCUGUCAAGUACCAGAGGACGUUCUUGGGCUGUGAAAUGAUUGACUGGCUCAUUCAGGAAGGAGAAACAGCAAACCGAAAGGAAGCUGUGGAGCUGGGCCGUGCACUUCUGGAGCAUGGGAUCAUUCAGCAUGUGUCCAACAGGCAUCACUUCUUUGACAGUAACAUCCUCUAUCAAUUCUGGAUCAACUUCCGACGGAGACGUCGCCUCACAGAGUUACUCAAUGAGAACUCUUCUCGUGCUCUGUCCGAGAGCCCGGACAGUCCCUUCUGUCUUCGCAAGCUCAACCCAGACCAGGGCAACACCAGCUUUCUUUCUGUCCAGCCCAACAAGGAGAUUAAAAUUGUCUCAGCAGUUCGAAGGAGCAGCAUCACUUCCCUCUCUGGAAACACCAAUCCCUACUUCAGUGCUACUCCUACACUGGUAUUCCCUCCUGUGGCUGAGUGCAACCCAAAAUCAGUGUUAAAGAGACCAGUCACCAACGAAGAGCUCCUGUCCCCUGGGGCCCCCUACAUCAAGAAAACACUAACUAUUGUGGGAGAUGCUGUGGGCUGGGGAUUUGUGGUCCGAGGAGGAAGACCUUGCCAUAUCCAAGCGGUGGACCCAGGAGGACCUGCUGCUGCUGCAGGGAUGAAGGUGUGUCAGUUUGUUUUCUCUGUGAAUGGCAUGUACGUUUUGCAUUUGGACUAUCAGACCAUCAGCAGCCUCAUCAUGACAGGACCACGAACUCUUGUCAUGGAAGUCAUGGAAGCCAUUGAGUGAAUGAAGGAGUCUCUCAUCCCACCACUAUUUAGAAAAGCAGGACACUUCACAAAACAUGGAUGGACUGUGGGGAGCGACCAAGCUUGAUCUUUCACUCUGAAACGUUAGCCAGGCAUUUUAACCUAUUUUCAAAUAAAUACAUUCUAAUGG